AUUUUCUCAGCCUGCGAACGCCCCUUUGGAUCUUCCCUUCCUCUUCGUCUUCCAUCAACAACUCAUCCUUCUCUGAUCACAACCCGAAGCUCAUCUUCAAAUAAACCUCUGAAUCUAGGGCACUCAGCUACCCUUCAAACCCCUCAACCAACUGAUUUCCCAAGGCAGCCUUUAGCUACCUGAGUCAUUUUCAUUCCACAAGUCCCCGUACUUUCGCGGUCAACAACACGCACUUGUGCCUCAGCCACAAUGUCUUCUGCCGUCGACAACCUCGCCGAGAACCUCAAGAACGCCAGCGUCGAGGAUAACUCUGCUGCGAACAAUGAAGCUGUCCUGGCUUCCGCCGCUGAAGGUCGUCGAUUGUAUAUCGGGAAUCUCGCUUAUGCGACAACUGAGGUGGAACUCAAGCAGUUCUUCGCAGGCUACGAUGUAGAGUCAACUUCCAUCCCCGUCAACCCGCGUACCAACCGUCCUGUCGGCUAUGCAUUCGUCGAUCUCAAAACGGCCGAAGAAGCAGAGAAGGCCAUUCAGAACCUGUCUGGCAAGGACAUCUUGGAGCGCAAGGUUUCUGUCCAACUCGCACGCAAGCCUGAGCAGAAUUCUGGAGCUGAGGGUGCUCACGAAGGUGGUGAAGGUGGCGAGCGCAAGCGAUCUUCUGGCCGUGGCCGUGGCGGUCGUGGACGUGGACGUGGCGGCCGUGCUCGUGGAGGCGCAAGAGCUACUGAUGCUGCUGCUGCCGGCGAGCUCGCAGAGAACCCAUUGCCUUUGACCGACGUCACUGCCGAUGCCAACAAGGGCGCUUCCAACACCGAUUCCAAGCCUCGUGGUCCUCGUCCUGUCAAGCAACGUGGGCCACCGGAGGACGGUAUUCCAUCCACCACCAAGGUUAUGGUUGCCAACCUGCCCUACGAUCUUAGUGAGGAAAAGCUCAAGGAACUCUUCGCCGACUACCAACCGGUCUCCGCUAAGAUUGCUCUUCGCCCUAUUCCCCGCUUCAUGAUCAAGAAGCUUCAAGCUCGCAACGAGCCUCGCAAGGGCCGCGGUUUUGGCUUCGUCACCCUUGGUUCCGAGGAGUUGCAGAAGAAGGCCGUGGAGGAGAUGAAUGGCAAGCAAAUCGAGGGUCGUGAGAUCGCCGUCAAGGUCGCCAUCGACAGCCCCGGUAAGGAGGACCAUGAUGAGCACCACGACACUGCCGAAAGUGGCCAAGAAAACGGCACCAACGGCACGCAGGAGGAGGCUGUUGCUGCUUAAAUUGGAAGCAAGCACAAACCUCUCCCCUUCAUACCGAAACGAAGGACUCACGAUAUUCUCUUAGCAAGGCAUGCUCUUAGGGGAAGGGAAGGCUUGACUGCUUUUUCCACCUCUCAACAGGGUGGUGCCGGAGCUGAAGUAUCGCAAGUCAGGAAGGUUCAUGGAUCAGCCUGGACAUCCAUAUGAUUCUUGCCUAGUUGGCUGUAUCCAGCAAUACCAAAAUAUCACUCUUCAAUUCUGGUCUGUACAGACAGAUCUUGUCAUAUUAUUUCCACAAAAGCUGCUAGAUUGUUUAGAGCAGGUCUGCAGGCGAUAACAUACCGCAGGUAAUUAAUAGUUUCACGGUUCAAAGUUACAUUUCAGCGCCAUGCAAGAGUAAGCGUAGCAAAAGAUGAUGGAGAAAGUAAGCUAUUGUUUGAAGAGCACAGCACUCAUUUUAUUAUGGC